GGAGCGAGCGCCUCAAAUGCUCGGGUUUCUCAGCUGAUUGUCUCCAGCCGAGAGUUGUUUUUUGCAGCUACGGAGCCGAGCCGCUGCCGGAGCCGAGAGCCCUGGGGGGUGGGGGAAAGAGGAGGCGGGGUCGAGGGGGAGCCGCGGCUGCUCAGCGCGGGACUCCGGGUCCCGUCACGGCGCUUCCUGGGGUUAGAGGUUGGGGUGGGUGGGGGGUAAGGGGGCAGUCCUUCUCCCCCUCGACGGCGGCUCCGAGUCCAGCCCCUUCCUUCCCGCGCUCGCUCGCCUGACCCUCAGCCCCUCGAUGAGGGUGUCAGUGCCGGGUCCGGCGGCCGCUGCCGCCCCCGCGGCCGGCCGCGAGCCCUCCACGCCCGGUGGGGGCGGCGGAGGCGGAGGCGCCGUAGCUGCCGCCUCAGGCGCCGCGGUGCCGGGCUCCGUGCAGUUGGCGCUGAGCGUCCUGCACGCCCUGCUCUACGCCGCGCUCUUCGCCUUUGCUUACCUGCAGCUGUGGCGGCUGCUCCUGUACCGCGAGCGGCGGCUGAGUUACCAGAGCCUCUGCCUCUUCCUCUGUCUCCUGUGGGCAGCGCUCAGGACCACCCUCUUCUCCGCCGCCUUCUCGCUCAGCGGCUCCCUGCCCUUGCUCCGGCCGCCCGCUCACCUGCACUUCUUCCCCCACUGGCUGCUCUACUGCUUCCCCUCCUGUCUGCAGUUCUCCACGCUCUGUCUCCUCAACCUCUACCUGGCGGAGGUUAUAUGUAAAGUCAGAUGUGCCACUGAACUUGACAAACACAAAGUUCUACUGCAUUUGGGCUUUAUAUUGGCAAGCCUUGUCUUUUUAGUGGUGAACUUGACUUGUGCAAUGCUAGUUCAUGGAGAUGUCCCAGAAAAUCAGUUGAAAUGGACUGUGUUUGUUCGAGCAUUAAUUAAUGAUAGCCUGUUUAUUCUUUGUGCCAUCUCUUUAGUUAGUUACAUAUGCAAAAUUACAAAAAUGUCAUCAGCAAAUGUCUACCUCGAAUCAAAGGGUAUGUCUUUGUGCCAGACUGUCGUCGUGGGCUCUGUAGUCAUUCUUCUCUACUCUUCGAGAGCUUGUUACAAUUUGGUGGUGGUCACCAUAUCUCAGGAUACAUUAGAAAGUCCAUUUAAUUAUGGCUGGGAUAAUCUUUCAGAUAAGGCUCAUGUAGAAGACAUAAGUGGAGAAGAGUAUAUAGUAUUUGGAAUGGUCCUUUUUCUGUGGGAACACGUGCCAGCAUGGUCGGUGGUAUUGUUUUUCCGGGCACAGAGAUUAAACCAGAAUUCGGCACCUGCUGGCAUGAUAAAUAGUCACAGUUACAGUUCCAGAGCCUACUUUUUUGACAAUCCAAGACGAUACGAUAGUGAUGAUGACCUGCCAAGAUUGGGAAGUUCAAGAGAAGGAAGUUUACCAAACUCGCAAAGUUUGGGCUGGUAUGGCACCAUGGCUGGGUGUGGCAGCAACAGUUACACAGUCACUCCCCACCUGAAUGGACCUAUGACAGAUACUGCUCCUCUGCUCUUUACUUGUAGUAAUUUAGAUUUGAACAAUCCUCAUAGCUUAUAUGUGACACCACAAAACUGACAGCAUCACCAAGUCAUGAUUCUUGAGUUGUUUUUCAUAGAUGUGUAUAUUCAUUGUGUUCAAAUUUCAUCUACAUAAACAUUCCAUUAUCUGUUGCAACUGAAAACAAAAUCUGGAAGUUUGGCUGUGUUUGGUAAAGAACAGAGCUGUUAUUUUUGACAUAGUAAAAUGGAAAGUUUGGAGUAGGAGAAAAGAGAGAUUGCAUCUUAAGCACUUGAUGGCCUCCAAAAAUCCUGACUUUGGAACAUCAAAUGCAUAUGUGCACUUUUAUCUUUGUUCUGAAAGAGUCACUGCAGUCCCCAAAGUCAUAUGCUAAUGUUCACACUGAAAUCUACUAUAUUGUACACCAAACUGGAAGGCAAUUUUCCUAUGAAAAUCAAAGCCUAUAUAUUCAAUGGUAUGCUCUAUAUGGAAAUCUUAAUAAAAAUUUUAUAAUAUGAACAGUACACAGAGUUAAGGAAUAAAAAUAUAUCAUUCUUUAUAAAAAUCUUCUGAAAUGUUAAUCAUUGAAGACAGUUCUUUUAAGCAUAAUUUUAAAAUGCCGACUGAAAUUCAAUCAUUUUAAACAAAUGAUAGUAGUAAUCCAUUAGUUCUGGCCAGCAGUGUUCUUUGGAGAGCCACAAUUUCAAGAGGAAAAUAUGCCAGUGAAAAUUGUGUGGCUACUUUGAGUAGAAUUGGUCAAUUGAUUAUUUUGUAUACAAUUGAGAUAUAUGUAGGAGUUUAAACAUAACUCUUCAAGAAAGCAAUAGUGACUUUUGCAUAGGGUGAUGUUGGUAGAAACUUCUUGGGACUAAACAAGUUUAGAAAUACAUUUAAGAAUUAUUCACAAAAUAUAUAAUUCUAAAUUAAAACAAAUAUAUUUUCAAAAGCAUUUGAUUUAUCUGAAGCAUGAUAUAGCUGGUCUUACCUAGUAAAUCAGGAUUGUCCUCAGGUAAAUGAAAUCAUGAUACAUUAUUGCAGUGAACUCAAGUGCAAUAUUUUGUGAGACAUGUAAUUCCUCCUAUGAUUUUCACAUUUUUAUAUCUUGUAUAUGGGAAAAGCCAAAUUAAAUUGAAUUCAAAUUAAUUCCAGCAUUAGACUAAAUGAGCAACCUUAAG